UUUUUUUUAACUAAGAAACUCCACCCAAACACUCUAAAAUCACUCGAAAACUUUAAAACUCCACAACUUAAAAUAUUUUUAAUAAAAGUGGAUUUCAGAGUACUUUAUAAAAUGUCAAGUUCAAUAACACUGAAUUUUAAUGAGUUUUUAAAAUUCAUGUUUCAAUAACAGUAGAUUUGUCAUUUUAACACAAAUCACCUAAAACUCUCAAUUGAAUACACCCUCCCCUUAGAGUUGGAUUCUUAGCGGAAGUUAAGAAACUGUUUCUUAACUUUUAACUAAAAAAACUAAGAACCGGUUUUUAAAGUCUUUAUUUAAGGACUAGUUCUUAGUUUUUUUAGUUAAAAGUUAAGAAACAGUUCUUAGCAUCUUAAGAACUCCGGGUUAAUCAUCCUCUUAACCUAAGAGGCCAUAGAGUUCCCAGUAGUCUAUAAAUACCUAUUCUCAUAACAGAGACAGAGCAUUAAGUGAUAUCACAUUCCUCCAUAAGCAUUUUUAUAAAAUCAUCAUCCUCUGCUUUUGAACCCUAAGGAAGGAGACGAAAUGGCCACGGACGCGUACGAAGCCGCCAUCAAAGGACUUAAGGAUCUUCUCAGUAAGAAGACAGAUAUAGGGAACGUGGCCGCUGAGAAGAUCAAAGAGUUGACUCAGGAGCUUAAGGAGCUUGAUUCCAGCAACUCUGACGCCGUUGAACGUAUCAAAUCCGGUUUCACCCAUUUCAAAACUCAGAAAUACUUGAAAGAUAGUGCUCGGUUCAAUGAUCUCGCCAAGGGUCAGAGCCCAAAGUUUCUGGUAUUCGCUUGUUCUGAUUCUCGAGUGUGUCCAUCUCACAUCUUGAAUUUCCAACCUGGUGAGGCCUUUGUUGUCAGAAACAUUGCAAACAUGGUUCCACCUUUCGACCAGAAGAGACAUUCUGGCGUUGGUGCCGCCGUUGAAUACGCAGUUGUACAUCUCAAGGUGGAGAACAUUGUGGUGAUAGGCCAUAGCUGUUGCGGUGGGAUUAAGGGUCUCAUGUCCAUUGAAGAUGAUGCUGCACCAACUCAGAGUGACUUCAUAGAAAAUUGGGUGAAGAUUGGUGCAUCAGCAAGGAACAAGAUCAAGGAGGAACAUCAAGACCUAGACUACGAUGAACAAUGUAACAAGUGUGAGAAGGAAGCUGUGAAUGUGUCUCUUGGAAACCUGCUUUCAUACCCAUUUGUGAGAGCUGCAGUAGUGAAGAACACACUUGCAAUAAGGGGAGCUCACUACAAUUUCGUCAAAGGCACAUUUGAUCUCUGGGAGCUCGAUUUCAAGACCACCCCUGCUUAUGCCUUCUCUUGAAUAUAACUCUUGUGAGAUUUGGUUUUCUUUCUCAUGUUGAUUCUGAUCUCAACUUCCUUUUGAUUGGUUUCUUAUUUUCAAACUUGCAACUUUGCUGCUUCUGUUUCAAAGAGCUGUAAACAAUAAUACUCUGAACAACCUUUCAAUCUUAUUUAUUUUAUCUAA